CCUCUGCUGAAGGACAACCCUCGCCGCUUCGUCAUCUUCCCCAUCGAGUACCACGAUAUCUGGCAGAUGUACAAGAAGGCAGAGGCGUCCUUUUGGACGGCAGAGGAGGUGGAUCUGUCCAAGGACCUGCAGCACUGGGAUGCCAUGAAGGACGAAGAGCGCUACUUCAUCUCCCACGUGUUGGCCUUCUUCGCCGCCAGCGACGGCAUCGUCAACGAGAACCUGGUGGAGCGCUUCAUGCAGGAAGUGCAGGUGACGGAGGCCCGGUGUUUCUACGGUUUUCAGAUCGCCAUGGAGAACAUCCACUCGGAGAUGUACAGCCUGCUGAUCGACACGUACAUCAAGGACCCCAAAGAGAGAGAGUACCUGUUUAAUGCCAUCGAGACGCUGCCGUGCGUGAAGAAGAAGGCCGACUGGGCGCUCAACUGGAUCGGCAACAAGAACGCCACCUAUGGGGAGCGCGUGGUGGCCUUUGCCGCUGUGGAGGGGAUCUUCUUCUCGGGCUCGUUCGCCGCCAUCUUCUGGCUGAAGAAGAGAGGCCUGAUGCCCGGCCUGACCUUCUCCAACGAGCUCAUCAGCAGAGACGAGGGUCUGCACUGUGACUUUGCCUGUCUGAUGUUCAAACACCUGGUGAACAAACCGCCCAAGGAAACCGUCAUCAGCAUCAUCAAGAACGCCGUGGAGAUCGAGCAGGAGUUCCUGACUGACGCUCUGCCCGUCAAGCUCAUCGGGAUGAACUGCGACAUGAUGAAACGGUACAUCGAGUUCGUGGCCGACAGACUGUUGCUGGAGCUCGGCUUCUCCAAGAUCUACCGGGUGGAGAACCCUUUUGACUUCAUGGAGAACAUCUCCCUGGAGGGAAAGACCAACUUCUUUGAGAAGCGGGUGGGCGAGUACCAGAGGAUGGGCGUGAUGGCGACGCCCACGGACAACACCUUCCGGUUGGAUGCUGACUUCUGAUGGUGGAGCGUCCCUGCUGUCACACUACCUCCGUCCCGGUGCAUGCUGGAACAGACUCUUGGACUUUAAGGAUCAAAUGAUGAACUGAAUCUUUAUUUACAGACUUGUGAGUCUGAGCCGCAGCAUUAGACCUGAUCAAAUCUAACGCUGCGGCUCAGCGCUGUGUAAAUAUGUCGGGGUUUUAAAUGUGUACAGUUUACAUUUGUUUUUGGGGGUUUUUUGUUUGUUUUUGUUUUUUUUUAGUGUAUUUUUAAUACUGAGCUUUAAUAAAUGACUCCGUGAACAGGAA